CCGGCGACGGUAACCGACCUGCGGCCCGAUGGUGCUCUGUGUGUAUAGAUAUAUAAAUAAAUAAGUAAAUAAUCAAUCAUGGCUUCUAAAGGUGGGAAGGGGAAGAAGGUGGGGAAGAAGGUGGUGAACCAGGAGGAACUGAGGAGGCUGAUGAGAGAGAAGAAGCAGUGCGGUGAGAGGCAGAAGCGGGUGGAUUCACCGCUGGCUAAGUACAGCGCUGCGGGGGGUCUGAGCUGCGCCGUGUGUAACGUCCCGGUGAAGUCUGACAUCCUGUGGAACACACACAUCCUCAGCAAACAGCACCGGGACAAGGUGUGUGAGCUGAAAACCAGUAAACACGGUCCAGUUCCUCCAGCUCCAAAACCCUCACUGAAGAGGAAGACAACACAGGCUGUAGUGGAGGACUCCAAAAAGAGUAGAACUCCUGCUCCUGGUACUGGUGCUCCUGGUUCUGGUACUGCUGGUGGUUCUGGUUCUGGUUCUGCUCCUGGUCUGCCUACAGAUUUCUUCCAGAGCAAAGCUGGCACUGGUGGAAAGUCUGCAGGGCUCGGACUCCUGGCUGGACAGUAUGAUGAGGAUGAUGAUGAGGAGCAGGAGGAAGAUGAGGACCAAAAGAAGAAGGACCUGGGCGCAGCUGCAAAUAAUGAAUCAAAACCAGCUGAGGGACUCCCUGCGGAUUUCUUCGACAGCGGCAUCCCGGCCGCGCCCGGCGUCUCUCACUCCGGCUCCGUCACCAAAGCCGAGGAGGAGAGACCCGCCGAGAGGAGGGACGGCGCGGCCGAAACGCUGCCCGAGGGCUUCUUCGACGACCCGGUGCGAGACGCCAAGGUGCGCAACGUGGACACGCCCAAGGACCACAUGGACAAGGAGUGGGAGGAGUUUCAGAAGGAGAUGAGGCAGGUGAACACCGCCUCCGAGGCCAUCGUGGCGGAGGAGGACGAGGAGGGGCGCAUCGGGCGGCAGAUCGACGAGAUCGACGAGCAGAUCGAGUGCUUCCGCAGGGUGGAGGUGCUGCGCUCCAAGCGGGAGGCCAUAAAGGAGAAGGUCAAGACGGAGGUGCUGGAGGAGGAGCAACAGGCCUCGGGAGGUGAUGAGGAGGAGGAUGAAGAGGAGUUGCUGCACGUCCUGGCCAGAGACUGGAGAGCCAAAGGAGCGCUGGUGUAGCGUCUGAGAAGUGACCAUGUGACCGGACUGCAGG